AUGACAAAGGUCCCAUUGUGUCAGGCACUGUACAAACAGCAAAAAGAAGGCCGCCUCAAAGAGAAUCUGAGGAAACCCAGAGCCCCAGCAUUACUCAAGGGCUGCUCUGCGAGGGGUGGCUGCCCAGGCUCACUGUGCUCCCCUUCCCUUUCAGACCUGGAGUGGAAGAUCAUCUAUGUGGGCUCUGCAGAAAGUGAGGAGUAUGACCAGGUGCUGGACUCGGUGCUGGUGGGGCCUGUCCCAGCUGGGAGGCACAUGUUCAUCUUUGAGGCCGAAGCCCCCAACCCCGCCCUGAUUCCUGAAAGCGACGCCGUGGGGGUGACAGUGGUGCUUAUUACCUGCACUUACCUGGGCCAGGAGUUCAUCCGUGUGGGUUACUAUGUCAACAAUGAGUACACAGACCCUGAGCUGCGGGAGAACCCGCCCCUCAAGCCAGACUUCUCCCAGCUGCAAAGGAACAUUCUGGCCUCCAACCCCCGUGUCACUCGCUUCCACAUCAACUGGGAUGGCCCCAGCGACCAGGUGGAGGACAUCGAGAACAUGGACCCAGAGCCUGGGGGCCUGCUGGCUGCCAGCUGCACCUCGGCCAAGGGGGUGGGCACUGCCCUUGGCCUCUUGCCGGAGAACUCCAUGGACUGCAUGUGAUCCUGGACACGAGAGCCCACGGACACAGCCACUGUGGGGACGGGGACCUGAAUGGCUUCAGGGGGGCUGCAUCCAUGUACCACGUACCACAGCCACGGGGGAAACCUGGACAAGUUCUGAUGGGGUAACCAAAGGGUUAAUGCUGCUCCCUGACCAAUGGAGUGUCUGGUUGUGACCCUUCCCCUGAGCCUGCCAGGGCAUUAGGGCACAGUCUGUGGGUAGACGGGAGGUGGGGGGGGGUGGAAAUCUGCUUUGUGGCCAGGCUCCUCCCCCCGUGCCACUUACUAGCUGGAUCGCCCCCUUCUCUGGUUUGGCAGCAGCCCCCACUGGCUCCGUAAAAUCACCCUCCAAAAGCACUUCGUCCCACCCCCGCUGCGUCAGGCCACCAGCUCAGGCAGCCCCGACUCCCUUGGGUACAUGGGGCUGGGGUGGCUUGACAGAAACGUCAGCCAGGUCUGCUGGCUUGUCUGUGGGGACCACCCCUGCCACUGCACUCACCAGCUCUGCUCCAGUUUGGGCUGCUGCAGCUCUGACUUGCCCCUGCCUGGGAUGGUUAGCUGCAGCUGAGGCAGACUCCAUGUCAGUUCUCCCCUCCCCCUCUUCUCCGUCCUCCCCCCUGCUCUGUCUAGCUUCUCCUCCUCCCCCCCCGCUCUGUCUAGCUGGGCAGUCGUGUGCUCUCCCCUCCAGCCCACUGCUGCAGCUUUGCAGUGCUGCUACUGCCUUCCCAGCAUGGCUGGCAAAGCUACAUGGGGGGUCCCUCCUCCUGGCAGAAUCCCAAUAAUUCUAGGGUGGCUUCCACCAGCUGGAGGAUUGAAUCCCCUUCAAGGGUAUCAGGUGGAGUCUCUGUCUAGCCAUGGCACUGGACUUGCUGCCAUCGUUGUUCUAUCUGCUCCUCUGUGGAACAACUCGCUAAAAUCUUAGUCCCUUCCUGGGACAAAGGGGGACAAUGUACAGAGCGCCUGUGCUCAGAUGGCUUGACCGUGGGGUGGGGUGUGCCCGGCGCCACGUGACAGGUGUCUGAUCCACACUAGGGUGCGUUAGAAUCUGACCUCUCCCGCUGGAUCAACUUCCUUCAGCCUCAAGAAGAGCCUCUGAAAACACUCCCAUGGCAGCGCUGGUCUGGUAGCUUGUGCUAGAAAUGCGCUUCUGUUCCACUAGACUGACCCUUCGCUCUUAAGGUAACAUCUGCAGCCUGAUCAGGAAUGGACA